AGUCUUCAGUCAGUUUUCCCACCGGUCGUAUGUGCCGCGUACCGCGUUUCGCAAGGCCACCCAUUCGCCUAUCGGUCAAUCUCUGUCAUCUCUGUUUUGUCCUCUGCAACCCAACCCCAACACUAGCAGCGUCAUCAACCAUUCUGGUCCCUUCCCACUUUGUGUCCCUCAUCACGAAUUGACCGCGUUGCCGGUAUAGUAAGAUAAUCCAACGUAGAAGUGCAUUGUGCGCGUGUAGUGUGUUAUUCCCAGUGUGUGUGCGUGUGCGUAUGUGCGUAGGUGCAUUGCUUAUACUGUCUAUUCAACUAACUUAGCCCUUUGCUGUGUGUCUGUGUCGUGAACGUCAACGCUCUAGUGUCUAUUCCCAUCCUCGUGUGUGCGUGUAUGAGCGUGCUUUUGUGUGUGUAUGGUAGCUAAUCUAUGGAUAAUUGGUGUCUAUGUGCGAAACCCAAAGGAAGCUGUUAUCAACUAGGCUUGAAACCGGUAGCUUGCAGUGAUACACUGUGUUUCUAUGAGUGUGUGGCGUAAAGUGUGACAAGCGCGUAGCGUUACUGAAGCUUCAUGCGAGAUACUACUAGGCAGCUUUAGUAGCAGUGUGAACAAACGCAGCAGUACUAAGGAUUAACCAAGUGAAGCACCGAAGGAAGGAAGGCCAAACAAAGCGGGCUCAACCUUCAGACAGUUUUCUACAGUCGGUGCAAAAACGUGCCGUACAUCACGUGGAGGGAAAGUUUCGCAAAGCAGUUGCUUCUUUCCGCACGGCAUUCCCAGCCCCAUCAGCACAAGUGCUAGGACGUGAAACAAUCGACACAUACGUACGCAGCCUGAAGUGUGGAGCAAACUAAAGCGCACAAGUGUGACGUGGCGUUGCAAAAAAGCUGCUAAUAAAUCAAUGUAAGAAAUCACAAAAAAAGAAACGAAAAUACGUGGCGAAACGUAGUGUGAAAAGGUGAGCAGCUUUUCGACCGAUGCUCGUAAAGUGAGUGUCAUAAUUGAUAAAUAUUAAACGAAAUAUCGCCAUAAAGUGUCACAGCUUGCAAACAGUGAAGGGGAGGGAUAGUGCAAACAGUGUCCAUAAGAAUGAAAAAUGGUUUAAAACCUAGCUAAUUGUUCAACAAUCCUAAGUAAUUAAGCAACCAAAUAUUGUCACCAUGUGUCACAGUGUAGUGCGCCAGCCAGCUGGCCGUUCGAUUCAAUGCGCAACCUCAAUCGGGCGCUUACCAAUGAGGCGUUAAACGAAAUCUUUCCCUUUUACACACAACGCCGCCUGACGCGUCCAAGCAAACAGCGGUGGCAGCUUGGGAAAAUUAGUGCCCAGUCAGUGUGAAAUAAGCUGACAGUGAGAAUCAGCCCAACAGCGAAGGCGAAUGAUGUGAAACAAAGAAACCGAGGGAAUACAGCGUGUACGUGUGUGUGUUUGUGUGGUGGUCAAGCAGAGGAAAGCAAAGGUAUCGGGAGAAAAUUAAUGAUGUUCGGCGGUGAAAAACAAAAGCAGUGAUUUUGUGGAUUUAAGUGAUGUAAGUGGCCGGAAAGUGAUCGGCAGAAGAAAAAAAGCGCAAGCAAACAACAGUGCGUGGUCGGUGCGUUCUGCCGCUUGUACGUAGCAAUGUAAAGCGUGUGUCGUAUGUGAGGUUGAUCGUGUUUUUCCCCCUCGAGGGUCGCAGUUGUGAUUGCUUCUCAUUCAAUUGUGUGUGAGUGUGUGUGUGUGAAAGUGUAAGCGUUGGCAGUGUGCAUACAAAAAAAAUCUGAAAUCUGAUUGAGUAUUGAUCACAUGACAAUGGAAUAAAUCGUAUCUGCCAAACGAAGUGAAGUGGAUUUGAAGUCAGUGAAAGAGAGAAAGAGCGUAACAAAAAACCAACAAGCCACUCAGGCACAGUUCAGAUAGUUGAUCCUACCCACACCAUCUCGUUUCCGUGGUGAGCAGCUCACUGUGCUUUUUAUUAUGUGCUCUAGAGUGUGUGCGCGCGUUUACGUGUCUCCAUAUACGACAGAUCAAUUGCGUUAACAGUGCAAAAAGUUUGUUUUGUGCCAACUACCAACUGAGGAUAGCAACAGAGCAACAACACUAAAAGAGAAACGAAACAAUUUCUAGACCCAAACAGGCUUCUAGACCGCUCCUGCAGCCGUUGCCAUCCUACCCUGAAGCAGUGUCGCAAAUCUAACCAGCUUGCCCGUCAGCCAACGCCAGUGCCUGCACAAUCCGGACCCCCCUAACAGCUAUCUAGCCCACCAACGACAGCGCCAGCCGGCAACGGAAACUGAAGGGAUACAGAUAGCAUCAACAUUGACAGCGGUUUAGCGGCUAUCGAAAAUGGAAUGGUGUCAUCGAAUAUCCUUCCCAAAUGAUCCUUCACAAACGAACCCUCCCGUCCUAACCUGCACCACACCAAAGAACAAUCACCUAUACGCUAGCGAUACAAUGCCGGUGCAAUGCAUCACAACAAUUGUCUGUUAAACGUUUCAAACUCUCCCUUUUCUCGUUAAGUGUACUGGCGCAGUAUAAAUUUACCAUAUCUUACGCGGUGCUCUCGAUCUCCGAUAAAACCGAGCCAUUUUGUGAGUAAAAUAGAAACAGCUGCAUACACGCACACACAGACGGAGAAGCAGUCUUAGGAGAAGAGAGAUAUUUACACAGACCUAUUAUGGUAGGAGAGUUAUUCAUCAGGUAAAGCAGUUGAAAGUCACACGGAACCAAUACGCUUGGUAGAUGCAUUGAACCGAUCGCGAAGUAAGUAAGCAAGCGAGAAACCCCACAAAACUGUGGUUUCCAAAUCCACCACCAAAUUUGAGAAUUGUAAACAGGUACAGGAAUUGUAAUGUAUUUUUUGUAAGCUUCUUUUACUUCCCCACCUACCCACUGCGCUACACGUCCACUACUUUUGCAGUACCCUAUUUUUAUACCGAUACAAAAGACAUUGAAAGAUUUACCGUAAAAAAAGGAAGAAACGUCAUUGACCAAAGCGAACGGCUCGGGUCACUCAAUACACACCAACAAGUGUUGCAGUAAGCGACUCGCACUCGCACACACACCUACAUAAAGCAAUCGUACGUACGCUUCUUGCGGGACAGACAGGUUUUAGUACAAGUUUUGAUACAUUACUAUUUUUUUUCUAAUUUGCUACAAACGUUAACAUUUGUAAGCACUUGUUGAUAUAGGGACAGGGGGACGACACGGAAGCAAACGCAAAAGAAAAUACUAGGACAAUACAAAAACGGUUUGGAACUACGAGCAGCACCCCUAGAGCGGUAAGCCGACGAACCCCAAAACCAAAACAAACAAACCAAAAAAACCGAUAACCUGAAUUGAACAAUCGUGCCGGUUGUGGUAGUUGUUUAUUUAGUUAGAUAUUUGCGAAUGUAACGAAACCAAAGGCAUCGGAUGUAUGUUUAGUAUAUGAUAAACCCCAAUAAAGGCUUUUUUCGUUCGAGACGAUUCGCACAAACGAUUCCUGCACGUGACUUUGAAGGCCCAUCUUUCGAGACAGUUAAGUCUUAAGUGAAGACGUGCAGACGCGCAGCCCCCAAAAAUCCCUUCCCCAGAGAAAGUCGAUCCGGAUCGGAUGCGGCUUACCGUACGCCAGAUUGCGCCUAGCUAGCAGUAAUAUAUUAUUGGGAAAUUGUGUUUUUUUGUAAGUUAACUGAAUGUGGCUUGCAGCAAAGCAGCAAACUUCCCGAAACAGCGGGACAGCAGACAGAUUGAAAGCCUUUGCAAGGCGAAUGGGGUAAUUCAGGAUGUGACUAAUACAAAUAAUUAUACUUAGCAGUGAGAGCGAAAGAGAACGAUUGUAAGCUACAGCGAGACACACACACAUACGCCAGCACACGAGUGAAGCAACUCUACCGACACACCAUUAGGCACCGUUUCGAAUGCACUUGGAUGCACCACCGUUGACAUUCGAAGCAGCACACUGUGUACACGACCACAACGGCCCAGGUUGUAGCGAGAAUGGUUUUUGGAGAAGGAAAGAAAAACGGCAGCAAUAUUGACACACAGUGAAGCAAAGUCGAUCGGCUCGGGGUUAGGUUUCUUUGCCAGUAAUUUUACGAGUUAGUCCAGCAGAAACAGCAGAAACAAAAAAAAACACACGAACAAUAUAAACAUAUAAGAUAACCGAAUGAUAGAAUAUACCCGAUGUUUGUUGUUAGUAAAACGCAAGUAGGAGAAAGUAUCAGAAGGUAAAACAAUACAAGCGCAUACCCCCAUUUUGGACGCACUUUCAAUCAAAGCCAUAUUUUCUAAAAACAAGCAAGACAGUGUGUCAGCAGCGGGACACAUCGCGUAAUGUGUGCCGAGCCAACAAGCGAAACAUUCAUGUUUGACCGAUGCAACAACAUAUAGGAGGCACACGCGCAGAUAUAUGUAUGGUAUAUACGGUAGAUGAAAUUAUUGUUGUAGUAAUGUUACCUUUUGUAAGCGACCCGUAACGCCCGUAACAGUGCAUACGCACCAACGCGUUGCAUGUCACUAUUAGCAGCAUGUUGGUAUCGCUCGGUAACGGUUUGUCAUAUUUUUGGUAAUUGUUUUACACGAACAGCAACCGGUGUUGGUUGAAACGGUUAGGUUAGGUGUGUACAAGAGGCAGCAGAGUUUUGUCCAGUUUUUAUCUGAUUGCAAAGCGGAUUUGAGAUAGAUAAAUUUAUUUAGUUUACUUUUGCUCUAUUCCCUUUCUACCACUGCUUUUCUCCUCCGUUCCGUCGGCUAAACGUGUCGGCUGGAGGUGGCGGCAAUGAAAGCUCCACACCUACCGUGGCCUGCAUUGUCCACCUAAACUACGCUAUGCAAAACCAUGUGUGUAUGUAUGUAUGUGUAUGUAUGUGUGUGUGUAGAAUGUAUCCUUGAGCAAACCCGCACUAAUCACCUGAAUGGUAGCUGAAUGUUGCUGUAGCGUUCGAAAAAAUCGAUGGGAAAACUAUUAAACGUAUACUUAACCACUGUACUGCUGCGAACGUCGCAGGUGAAGAACGAACACCCGCGUGCGACAGAGUGUUCGUGUUGGUUUUCUAUCAUUUACUCCUAGCCGGGAGGUGACUGUGCUUUGACUGUUAGUGUCUCUGUCUGUCUGUCUGUUUAGGACGCGCGGUACUAAUCACCUGCCGACAGUGUAGAGGUGUGCAAUUUAUCAUACUCUAAAACUCCCCCCAUUCGUAGUAGAGCAAUCGUCGUGCGUCCCCACUUCUAUCGGUCGUUUACUAUUACAUUCGCUCCACUCACUGAAAAGAACGAAGAAGCAAGGUAAAAACGGUUCAUAAGCAAAAAAGGAGGGGUUCGUCGUUGACGCUUACCGCGAAAAAUAAAAAAAAAACAAACAACAUACACAUCAUGCAAAAACCAAAAAACCACACAUACUUGUAACAAAACCCACUCGAUAGCCGAUACAGUAGCGAGAAUUGUCGUUCAAAACUAAGUUUAAAUAGCUAGACAAGGAGGUGAGCAAGAUUUUUUCUUACUCCCUUGUAAUAAAUACACCCACACACAACAUACACGCUGAAACAAACACACAAAAUCACACAAACACACACACACACACACACACACAAGUGAAAAACUUAAUCUUAAAUCCAGCACCUAGUGCACCCAAGAGAUAAGCAUUUUUUGAUAACUGUCUACAGAGGUUAAGGGAUAGGAGGCGAAAGUGUCCCUGCAAGCGUGCGCCGAGGGGUUUAUGUUGCGCGCAAAAAGGAUACUGUAAAGUGUAAGGCGUUUCAGUGUUAACGGUGUAGUGUAGUAGCAGCUCGUUUGUAAGUGUGUCUGUACGCGGAGAGGAGAGCUAAUUCAAUCGCCAAAAAAGCAGCAACAAACAGCAGAAAAUUAACACAUAGACACACAGUAAACCGAUACCGUCUUACUUUGCAUGCGUGUAGAUAAAUGUCGGGAGGGGGAAGCGCCCGUAGCGAUAUAGGCCCGUGUGAAUUGAUCAAGCAGUAGCCAGAUACAGAACAAGAAAAAAGAAAGCAAGAGAAAGGGAGAGAGAGAGAGCGUGCAGCUUCCGUUGUUGUUGUAAGCGUAUAGGUGAUUUACUCCUCACAACUGUGUGCUAUAUAGAGCUAUAUCCGUCUACUAAUCAUCCCAUCGGUCAGUCGUCCCGUCAAAACCCUCCCAGCAACCCUUCCCAUCCAAAAGCCAACCAAUCAAACCACUUGUCAGCGGUUAAAACGAACGGGGAGAAAGCAAAACGCCCCACGAAAGCUCUCCUGUUACCAGUCCCCUACCCGUCGCCAGAGGCUUGAGGCUGACGCGAAGCUCCUAUAGGCGGUGGAAAUUCGGGCUAUCUAUACUUCACACGUACCCGCACCCCAAUCUUCCGGCCAGUGGCCACCCCCACACACCCACAACAAUCUUCAUCGCCACCCGAAAGCAUCGUCGUCGUCGUCGUUAUAUAUUAUUGCUGUUAUCAUAUUGUUGUUAUUAUCACUGUUGUUGUUAUUGUUGUGGAUGCGACACUGCGCCAUCGUUAUCGUCGUCGUUGUCGGUGGUGGUGAGGUUGUUGUUAGCAGCAGCAGCAGCAGCAGCAGCAGUAGAAGCAGUAGCCGCCUCUCUAGCCGCGUUCGUAGCAGCCGUAAGUCACCCGUGCCGGUGUAAGAACGCAAGCGCAAGAUGUAUGCAGCAGCAGGUGGCGCCUCGCUGGCGUCACGCCAGGCGCGCAAGAAGCAGGCCCAGCAGAACACGAAAAACAAGGCCACCAACCAGCAGAUACUGCGGGAGAAGCUGGCGGCGAAGGCGGCCACCACGCCGACCAAAAGCAAACACUUCCACCAGCUGCCGGCGUCGUAUCUGCGCGCACCGCACCAGCACCACCGGAAGCUGAGCGCCGGCUACACGAGCAUACCGGGGGCGGAGCAGCAGCCACCGGCGGCGGCACCGCCGAUGCACCACCGGUUCGCCGACCAUCCGUGCGCUUCCUACACCGGGCCGGCCGCCGUUACGCCCAGCGCUGCGCAUCACGCACACGGUGGUCCGGGACACCUGGGGCACGCGCACCACCACCACCACCACCAUCACCAUGUGGGCGGUGCGGCCGGUGUGCCCGGCCAUCCCUGCCAUCUGCACGGUGCGGCCGGUGGACCGUCGGGCCAUCCGCCCGCCUCCGGUGCAUCCUUUCCGCCGAUGCCGAAACCGACCGGGUUCCGCGAGUACGACCGGCUGGUGCGGCGCCAGCAGCUCACCAAGUCCGCCACCGCCACCCUGCCGCUCGUUUCCCAGGCGCAGGACACGCCACCGCAAACGCCCGAGCAAACGCUCGGUGGGUUCGGCGAGCCGGCCCACCCGCACCAUCAUCCCCAGCAGCUGCUUCUUUUGGAGCAGCAGCAGCACCAUCAUCAUUCCCAACAGCACCUCGAUAAGCUGGGCCAAGACGACCAGGACGAGGAGGAACACGAACUGGAGGAGGAAGGGGAGGAGGAGGCCGGAGAUGCCGACGCGCUCACGCAGCCGCUCACGCUGCAGAUACCGAACGAUCCGAUCAUCAUUACGCCGGCCACACCGCAGGCCACACCGCCGGGCCGGCUCGGGCUGAAGCCGCUCGUGCUGACGGACGACGAGGAGGUCCGGCCGCUGGCCAGCCCGGCGCCCGGGGCGCUCGAGCGCAAGUGCAGCGUGUACCGGGCCCGCAAGUACGACGACCCGUUCGAGGAGCGGCACUACAACGCGACGACAAUAAGCAGCGCGCAGCACCACCCGUACCAGCCGGACGAUGUGUUCUUCCCGCCGGCGGGCGGCAGCAUGCCGAACGGGGGCGGCCACUCGACCACGACGACCACGCCCGGCCACCAGCAGGGGCAGCUGGCGAAAUGGGACUCGGAGUACUACUGCUGCGAGUGUGACCACCGCCAGUACGGUGUGUGUACCUGUGAUCAGUUCGAGUGUGCCCAAGGUCGUGCAGCAUGGUUAGAAAGAGGAAGACGUUGCAGCGUACAGGAAACACCCGCCUCCUGCCAUCGACGAUGGGUCAAACGGAAUCGAAUACAAGACUCAUCGUUAGGUGGCUCCUCGGACGAUGAAGACCUACUCGGCGUACUCAGAGGACCCAGUUCAUUCGCCAAUGCCUUCCUAUACGUAGGUUUAGGUACCAUAGCAAUCGGUUUAGUGAUAGCAUUCGUCGGUACUGGCGAGAAAGGAUUCAAAACGGUUGAACUAAGACUAAUCGGGCCAUCGUUAAUUGGUCUCGGCUUAUUAUGUUGUACAUUACGUAUCCUGUUUUGUAUAUGCCCAUCCCAUUGUAUAUCAUCUAGUCGUAGAGCGCGAGAUAAGAAAAACGCCAAGAUAGACGCAGAUCAUAGAACUUCCCUGUUACGAGGCGACAGUAAACGAGUAUCGAUAGCACGCGGACCUCACAUACCGACUAAACAGCCUCAGAUAUAUCCUAAAUCUAUCGUCAAAACCAAAACCUACGAAGGUGUGGAGGCACUGCGGCAGAUCGCAACCACGUCGCUCUUUCUGCAGAAUGAGCAAAAGGUGUCAUCGAACCGAAUCGUUCCUAUUAUCAAAGAACCGGAGAAAUUAGAAGAACCACCUUUAGAGCUGAAGAAGCUAGAAUCGCGCAAGGACGAGGCUGCGAUCGUGAGCAUAUCGGACGGGGAGGACGAUUCGCAUCGAAAGCAGGCGGCCGCCCAGCACCAUGCGUCCGACACGCAGGUGAUAGAUCUGACCGGCGAAGACCAAGACGACGAGCAGUCCCACUCGCCGAGCAGUGGCACGAGCCACCAGCGCAAGGACAGCAAACUGCGUCGCCAGCGCACCUCCGUGCAUCAGCAGAAGCCGGCCCGAGAGCUGCAGAGCUCGGCGUACAGCGGAGCAGCCGGCCACAACACGGCACCCAGCGAACCGUCGAGCCUGCUGAUGGAAACGUCUCUUAUGAUCAUCGGCCCAACGCCGCUGAGCUCCCCGACGAAGGCGGCGAACGCAACCCCACCGACCCGGACGCCCGGCGGUACGCUCACCGUUCCUACCCUGUCCGCGAACGGGUCCGCCGUGCACGGUGCGGGGCAGUCGGGCAACAAAACCGCCACGAGCAGCACCACGCCCGGCAAUCUGCUAACGCUUCCAGCCGCCGCCGCCACCGCCAGCUCAACGGCCGGUAGUGCCGGCGGGCCGACGGUCAGUUUCGCCGGCAGCACGCUACUGCCGGGUCAGCUUUCGCCACUGCCAUCGACGUCGUACCUGCCGUCGUCGUCGGUAGCCGGCGGUUACCGAUCGUCAUCCACUUCCUCGCCGCUGCCCGGCUUCAUGCCGUCGUCCGUUUCGCCCCACUACCACAGCAACAGCAGCAGCAGCAGCAGCAACUACAUCUACUCGCCACCGCCUUUCACGCAGCACGCGGAGCCGACCGCGCACGGAACCAAUACGAUCACGACGGCGGCUUCCACCACGCUGCUGCACGCGCCAUCGGUCAGCUCCAACAAAACCGAACCGGAGCUAGUGUUAAGUCCAGCGAAGUUAGGACAGUAGAGUACGAUGCAGAGGUGAAGAAGGAAAACCCCCGCCACCCCCAUUCACGCCCCGUGUCUCGCUGCUAGCGUAUGUAGUAGAACCACUCAUUUCCCCCCCGUUUUCCUUGCCUGCUAUAUAGACUUAUAUACAACAAACACCCCAGUAGAGAGGAAGAGAAUCGAAAGCCUGCGCGUGAGUAUGGCGGAGCACAGGUUUGAUUACAGGAAGAAUGAUACCGAUAAGAGCACACGAUAGACGAUGCUAUCGGCAAACAUCAAAGGCUACCGCGCCACCCGCUAAGAAGCAAAUCCAACAAAAAACCCUCUCGAUCGUAGUCGCGAUCGCGCAGACGUGAGGCGGCCGCGGCGACAGGAGCAAACCACAAACCGCAGGCAAAAUGGCUACUUUUCCUUGCAUUGAGAGCAGAGCAGAGGCUGCUCGGUGAUGUGUCUAUUGAUUUAUCGCUUUGAUAGCUUUUGAAGUAUUCUUCAUACCGUCAUGGCUUGUUGCUAUGGAAAUCAUGAUAAUUAAAGUAUUUAAACAACAACAGAAAAAAAAGAAACAUGUCUAGUGUCUAGCUCUACAUAUCGCCAUCGGAUUGUGUAAAAAAAAACAAACAAACAAACAAACCAAACUACAAUGUAUUGAACAAGUAUAUAUAUUUUUAACGUGUAUAAAUUGAGCAACUUCUCAUGGCAGCCUUCUGAAUAAACAAAAUACACACACACACACAAACAUACACACUCACAAAAUCGGAGUUACUUUAGCGUGGAACAAGAGGGCAUCCUGCAGAUUGUGUGCCAGCGUAACGCUAUUUAUCAGAUUGGUGUAAAAAUUGGGGAGAAACCACAAUCACACACAGACACUCCUACCGAACACCAAGCCCAAGGUUAAUUGGAGAGCACAAAACUGCAUAUACACACAUAAACACAAGCUUGCCAUCGAGAGAUUUAAUUGAUUAAAAAACCAAACAGUAACGAGGUACUUCCAGGAGCUAAUUUUGAGCGAGCCAAUUUACUUGGUUCUGGUUCGAUGAUGUGGUGCUUCUAGUGGGCUAGCUAGGCAGGCAAUCCCACCUGCAGACUAGCAUUUCAGUUGCCAACAUGAUCUGGUAUUAAACAAUUAUUUGACAUUGUUUCAAACGCUCAAAUGCCUUUCUUACGAUCAACCCGUUCUGUCUCCCCUAAACCGAACGAAACCAUCCCGCAAACCCUCGUAACCACUUCCACAUUUGUUACGUGUCUAAUUAGCGUGUAAUCAACCAGAACUACAAACAUAAAUUUAAAAAAAAACCCAAAGAAUGUCAUGUCUCAACAUAAAAUCAAAGACGCAAACACUGUAGAGUGCCACGUGCCACGAGGCAGUAGAAGUUCAAACUAACGAACCUUUCUUAAACCCCGCUCUGCGCAAGCGCACGUCCCCGGUGCCCUCCUUCCACAGCCUUGUACAUUAUGUUCACACAGAUGAUUCUAUAAACGAGUACCCGUUACGUUCUGAUGCACAAUAGGAGUUGAUUAUAAAUUUGUUGACGCUACUUGAAAGGAUUUAUGACAGCGAUUUUUGGCCCUAGGCAACACAAAAAUCAAAACGAUAAUAAACCUAUUGCAUUGUUAACUAAGUUUAGAACUUUUAUUCAAAUCAUACAAAUCAAGGGAUGCAGUGAGAGGGAGAACCUAAACAAAGGAAACAACAAACGCUACUACCAAAUCUAUCGGUAGCAAAUAAUGCCGGACAAGUUGCAAAUAGUCGCGAGAUACACACUCAACACUAUAGGAUGAGGAGGAGUGCUAAGAAGAAAAGAUGGAGGUCUCCAAGAUGGAUGCGAAUAUGGGCCGCACGAUUGAUGCAAUAUAGAAAUGAGUUGAACGCAGCCAGAUUUGUACAACUUUAAGUGACCGUUAGGGAUGGGAUACUCCAGCAAGACGCCAUAAGCUAAAUUGAAAAAAA